AUGAAGAAUGAUUUGAAAUCAGUUGCAACAAAAUACAAUGUGUAUGACAAAUUAGAAAAACUGGAGAUCGAUUCUUCAAGAGACAUUAUUUCGAAAAGACCGCUUGAUUUGCAAAAAAUACUACGCAUAAAUAGUCAAGCCUCACAUGCCCUUUUAAAGGCUGCAGCGAAAGAAGUGUACAACUACAAAACACGUCAGGUUCUAAAGAAAAAUAUUUUGCAGCCGAAUGUGCUGACGACAGGAGAUGCAACGAUCGACAAACUAUUGAACAAAGGUAUACCAUUACGAAGCAUAACUGAAGUGGUCGGAGAAAGUUCUUCUGGAAAGACACAAUUCGUACUUCAGCUAUGUUUAUCAGUACAAUUACCAAAGACAAAAGGUGGAUUGGAAGGGUCAGCUAUAUAUAUUCAUAAUGAAGGUCCUUUCCCAACAGACAGACUGGCACAACUUGCUCGGCACAAUCACCCUAAUAAUGUAGAAGAAAUAAUGAAUAGUAUUCGUACGAUGCGUGUGAAGGACGUCGAUGAUCAAUAUAAUAUGCUGGCAUAUCAUUUGCCUGCAUUUGUGGAGUCACAGGCAAAUACGAGU